GGAAGCGGAAGUGAGCCAUUCAGCCCUCUUGUUCUUGUGCGCCCCCUACCGGUCUGCAUUUUUCUUACCCACGCCUGUCUGAAAGGGAAGGCACAUGUUAAUACCAACUCGUGCGAUCGUUUUAUGGUACUGUUGCUCUGGACUGUUGAUCCCCAGACAGAUGUUGCGCCAUCAGGGUCUCCUCAAGUGCCGCUGCCGCAUGUUGUUCAAUGACUUGAAGGUCUUCCUUCUGCGGAGACCCCCGGCCCCUCCUCCGCCCUCGCCGCUGCCUCUCCCUCCCAUGAGCAGAAUAGACCAAGCCUUGAGUUUGCAGGCGUCUAGUAACAACACGCUGACUACGCUAUAUGGAGGGCGACGGGCACCUCGGAGAACGCCGACUGACGGGGGUGGUGGUGGUGGUGGAGGAGGAGGAGGAGGAGGAGGGGGCAUCACCAGCCCUCCAGAAGAAGAGUGGGAAAGCCCCGGGGGAGAGGGAGAGCUUCCCGCGUCUGGGAUGAGCAGCGCCUCCUCUGAUGACUUCUGCAAAGGGAAGGCGGAGGAUGGGUAUUCGCUGGGGAGCAGUUUGGAUAGUGGAAUGAGAACGCCUCUCUGCAGGAUCUGCUUUCAGGGCCCAGAGCAGGGUGAGUUGCUGAGUCCAUGUCGGUGUGACGGGUCAGUGAAAUGUACACAUCAACCUUGCCUGAUCAAAUGGAUCAGUGAGAGGGGAUGCUGGAGCUGUGAGCUGUGUUAUUACAAGUAUCACGUCAUUGCCAUAAGCACAAAGAACCCCCUGCAGUGGCAGGCCAUUUCUCUGACCGUCAUCGAAAAGGUUCAGAUAGCAGCCGCCAUCUUGGGUUCCCUUUUUCUUAUCGCCAGUAUCUCGUGGCUUAUCUGGUCAACCUUCAGUCCAUCUGCUAAGUGGCAGCGCCAAGACCUGCUCUUCCAGAUCUGUUAUGGAAUGUAUGGCUUCAUGGACAUUGUCUGUAUAGGUCUCAUAAUACACGAAGGACCCUCAGUUUACCGGAUUUUUAAAAGGUGGCAAGCAGUCAAUCAACAGUGGAAAGUUCUGAAUUAUGACAAAGCAAAGGAUUUGGAGGAUCAAAAAUCAGGGUCUAGGAGCAAUCAACGAACCUCCUCUCAGAUCAACCAUUCAUCCUCCACUAAUGGUGCAGCCAGCAACUCCGCUCCAGAAGACAGUGCUGCCCGGGGAGCUGGUCACACCACGGGUACUUUGUCUGAUCAUCACUGUGCUUAUACCAUCUUGCAUAUACUCAGCCAUCUGAGGCCUCAUGAACAGAGAAGCCAUUCUAGCACAAACAGAGAGCUGGUCAUGCGAGUCACAACAGUCUGA